AUGGAUUUAGCUUCCCCAUCAACUAACCCCACCUAUUCAAGCCCUGUAAUCACCAGCCCCACUAUCGGCACCACCACCAGCAGCAGCAGCCCCAUUACAAACACCACAGCCACCACAACCGUAGCCGCAACCACAUCCCCGUCUUCCACUCCAAGUCGCUAUGAGAACCAAAAGAGAAGGGACUGGAACACUUUCUGCCAGUACCUUAGAAACCACAGGCCUCCUUUAUCACUCCCUAUGUGCAGCGGAGCCCAUGUUCUUGAAUUCUUAAGGUACCUAGACCAAUUUGGCAAAACCAAAGUCCACAACCAUACUUGUCCUUUCUUUGGCCUCCCUAAUCCACCCGCACCAUGCCCGUGCCCUCUCCGGCAAGCAUGGGGAAGCCUUGAUGCACUCAUUGGAAGGCUCAGAGCUGCCUAUGAGGAGCAUGGAGGGAGGCCUGAAGGAAACCCAUUUGGUGCAAGAGCAGUGAGGAUCUACUUAAGGGAGGUUAGGGAUUUUCAGGCUAAAGCAAGAGGAGUUAGCUAUGAGAAGAAGAGAAAAGGCCCAAACCAAAGGUAA